AUGAUGCAGCAGUCGCAGGCGACGGUGGCGGUGGCCGCACCGGCGGCGGCGGCGCGCGCGCACGAGCCAGCGGGCGGCGACGCGCCGCCGAAGCAGGUGGCGCAGGCGAUGGAGCGGCUGGGCCGCGCGGGCAGGAUCAUCGCGGACAUCCGGCUCGGCGCGGACCGCCUCCUCGAGGCGCUCUUCGUCGCCGCCAGCGCGCCGCCGGACAGCGCCCAGCAGCACAUCGAGAGGAACGAGGAAGUCGUAGCUAAGGAGGAGGUCUCCAUGCACCGCCACUUCGACGACCUCCGCGCCCUCGGCAGGCAAUUGGAAGAGUCCGGGGUUCUAAAUGGGGCCCUUAAAGCUCGAGGAAAUUCAUGGGGCUUGCACAUGCCACUUGUGUGCCCAGAUGGUGCUGUUGUGGCCUAUGCUUGGAAGCGUCAAUUGGCAGGCCAAGCUGGUGCAUCAGCUGUUGACAGAACUAGGUUAGCUCUCAAGGCCUUCACUGACCAGAAAAGAAGAUUCUUUCCUCAUCUAGAAGACGAAGUUCUUAACCAUCUCCAUGAUGGUGAAUCUGGUAUUGCUAAAAGGCCAAGGAUGCCUGCGGGCAAUGGAGAGCUGGAAGAAAAAACUUUGUCCGAGAUACUUAAGAAUCUAGAAAAUGAAGUACCCAACAUGAAAAUAUCCACGUAUCGUCGUUUAGAUUGGUCAAAAAGAGCUUCAGCAUUAGCAUCUCUGAUGGAUGAUGACUUUGUGGAUCCAUCUAAGGAGUUGAACCUGCAAAAUAUGGGAAAAUCGAGACCUGGUUCUGUGACGACUCCGAUAGAUCAGGUUGCAGUAAUUGAGUUGCUGGUUCCUUCAAUAUUUAGAGUUGUAGUGUCAUUGCAUCCUGCAGGAUCUGUUGAUCCUGAUGCUGUGGCAUUCUUCUCUCCAACUGAGGGAGGAAGCUACCUUCAUGCGAGAGGCUUGUCGGUGCAUCACGUCUUUAAGCAUGUGACGAGCAUGCUGACAAGGCAUUGCAGUACUUCAUCAGUGUGGAACCCAGUAAAGCACUUUCUAUUUUAUUGCGUUGGAUUGCUGAUUAUCAGACUCUAUUUACAAAACUUUGCAGUAAAUGCCGACGGCUUCUGCUCAUGGACAAGUCUUUGGCUUUGCUUCUACCCCCAGUUCAUCGCCCCUACCACCAGAUCUCGAGCAUUGGUUCAGAUCAUCAGGAAGCCUAUCACAUUGGAUGUUCUUCCUAUGAUGCCUGACGCUUCUACGCACUCUGGACUUCUAGCUAGGAUGUUUCUAACACCAUCACCCGACUGUAUCUGUGCUAUACCAGCCUAA